ACCCCACGCGUUCCCACAGUACUCCGCGACAGCCGCUAUGGAGGCCGGCAGGACUGCAGUCCUUCGCGUGAAGCGAAAGCGCAGCGCGGAGCCUGCCGAAGCCCUUGUCCUCUCUUGUAAACGCCUCCGGAGCGGCGCCGUCGAGUCGGCGACCCAAAAGACAGCCCCCGAGGAUCUGGAGAGAGGGCCGGAGAAUAAUGUCUUCCAAUUGGUGGCCACCGUGCGCUCCCAGGAGGAGCCAGUCCAGGCGCUCGUUCGAGCCGCCCUGCGCCCUUCCCAGGGCAGCCAGCAGCGUAUCCGCCGCGAUCUCCGCGCUUCGACUCGGGAGAUCCGGCAGGAGGGCCGCUACCGGGUGAUCUCUGGCCGCCGGUCCUCGGGGAUUCCCUCGGGUAGCCCAGAGUCCAUCGACGCACCGGGAAACCCAGAAGCCUCCGAGGACGCAGGUUUCCAGCUGUUCGACCUAGUCCACGAGGAAGGAGACCCAGAGGCCGUCGCCACCGCAGGCUCCUCCAAGACAUCUGACCCAGAUGUGAUCCUCUGCAAUUCCAUAGAGUUGAUUCGUGAACGGCUGACUCUAUCUGAGGAUGGACCGAGAAUUGGGCACCAGGAGGAGCAGAAGGAUGACUAUGUAUAUGACAUUUACUACUUGGAGAUGGCCACUCCAGGAUGGAUUGAGAACAUCCUCUCUGUGCAGCCCUAUUGCCAGGAGUGGGAGCUGGCUCUGAUGAAUAUGACAGCCUCAGCGAAGAGGAAAGAGGCAACAGCAGACCACAGAUGUGGAGCAAAUACCCUUUGGAUGUGCAGAAGGAGUUUGGCUAUGACAGCCCCCAUGACCUGGAUUCAGACUGAUGAUCCUGUAAUAUAUAUGAAGUUCAGUUAUGUGCCCUGAGGGCUCUGACUGCAGCUUCAACCAUCCUGCUAACAUCCCUGGGUUUUCUAGCUUAACACAAAAGGAAAAACCGUGUCCAGCAGCACCAUCCUACCAGUGAAAACGUGUGCUAAAGGACUGUGUCUUUUUCAGUAACAGUAGGGCCCCUUAGCCUCAAUCAAAAGUGACUUUACAGUCUGGGGGAAAAAAUGCCAUUUGUGAAGCUUCCUGGCCUGGGGAUUUUCCCAUUCUCCUCCUGUGCUAAAGCCAGUAAGUGGAAGAGAAACUUCUGUUUCCUCAGCACUAAGCUUUAGCUUUCUCAUACCACCAGGCCACUGCCUCCACUAAAAGCCUGUUUCUUUUGAUAGACGGAAUCUAGAAGGGCUACAUGGGGUCCCUUAUAGCAACACCGACGGGAUAGUGGUGGCCAUAGUGGUGGCUGUUGGAGAGGGAAGUAGAAUCUGCCUGAGCUCUGAGAGGUUUUAAGUUAAUAGCUGUCUCCAUCGCCCUGCUUCCUGACUCUGAUAAUGGUUGUAAAGACUGCUGUCUUCCUUUGGCAGUGGUGCCAGGGAGAACAGGAUGUAUGAAUGUGAUACUGUGUGUUUAGUAAAAAUUAAAGGGAACAAGAAAAUUC